AUGCCCUUCUUUGCCCAUGCAUCAGGUUUUACCAUCAAAGACGGUCAUAUCUAUGAAAUUGGUGGGGACGUCAACAUCCACUUCGCGAUGCCUGCAGAAUCUAUAGUGCCCAUUGCAACACAAUUACUGGGGAAACGGAAAGAGCGUGAUCUCGACAAAGGUGAUGCGGAAGCAGAUGGACCCAGAAAGAGACUUAGAGAAGCUCACGAUGAAACUUCGGACGGCCUGAUGAUUGUCCAUCCAAAGGACAUAGACUUGCAUAGACAACUAACAAGCGGUUCCAACUAUCGCACACACUCGGCGUUCUACGGAGGGCGCGUUGUGGCGGUCAAGGUUUUCGAUGGUCCUCACGCCAAGCAGAGUUGGAAGCUCAAUCUUACACUGACUAAAAACUUUUUCCAUUCCAAUGUUCCAAAAAUUGUUGGGAUUUCUGAUGAAAACAUAUCAGAAACUCCAUUCAUUGUUUUUCAUGGAAUACCUGACAGAAAAAUGAAUUCGUUGUUAGCUAGAGCGUUGCGCACCGAUCUGAAUAAGAGUGUUCAGUUAUCGAUGAAAACGGUCAAAGGGCUCGCGGCAGGACUGAGUUACAUGGAAUCUUGGAACCUUCUAUCGAAGGAAAUGGUUAGCAAUCUGAAAUGGGAGAACUUCGACAUCUUUGCUGGUGGCAGCGAUGAGCCAGUUCUUUCCAUUCACUUACUGGAUACCACUGCUCGUGGACCCCAUCCAGCUCCAUCUUUUUACCAUCCACAAGACUACCGCGGUGGGACCGAAAUAUUGAGCGGGCUCUGUCAGAAAGUUUGUACUCUUUCUAAGAUAGAUGAACCUAUCCAUCGCUGA